UAACUUGAAUGCGAUACGGUGUGAACGUGAACGUGACUUGAUCGCAUCGACGCAUCGACCGAUCAGAGACCGACCGAUAAGCGGCUAAGAAAAGCAAAACAAAACAAACUUUCUGUACGAAACUUGAAGCGGAGAAAAAUGUUUUACCAUACACAGAUGUCAGCAAUCAAGUGGUUCUAUCUAAUAUCGCUGAUGCUGCUAUUUUGCUGGAGCAGUUUGAGCGAAUGCAAAAGGCAACAAGCGCACGCCAACGAUGCCGAUCAUGAGCUUAGGAGUUCAGAAGAUGAGGGUGGUGGUGGUGGUGCCGGCGGCAAUCUGGGCAAUGGACACCAACAGGCGCAUCGCAAAAAGCAUCGUCAGCAUGACAAUAAGCUGUCAUUGUGGAUCAAUGAACAGCAGCUGAAUAUGCUAAGUGCACUUUUCUUUCCACAAGGAUUCGGUUCGCAUGGUCGCAUCUAUGCCAUUGAAAAUGGUCAUGUGUUUAAUUUACCUGAAAUCAAUGUCUACAAAUUCUUGAUUAUACCCGCCGAAGUGAACUACGUGAAUUUCACGUGGAAAUCGGGCAGCAGAAAAUAUUUCUAUCACUUCGAUCGUUUGAUCUCGCUAGAUCACAAUGUUUUGAAGGAUCCCAAGCUUUCAAUUGCGAAGAAAGGACGCGUACCGGCGGAAGAGAAAGAUUUUAGUAUUUUCAUGCCGUGCGUCCACAAUAACUCAGGGACGGCUAUGUUCACAAUCGGUUUGUCCAUACAGAAUCGUCGAGAGAAGCUGUUGCCUGGCACGCCGAUACGUUUGAAUUUCAAAAAGGAAUGCGCACACAGAGGUAACGCUUCCAUCUCUACACUAACAUCUUCGCAAGGUCCGGACCCGGAGUGUAAUUUGAAAUGUGGCGAUAAUGGUUUUUGUAAUCAUAAUAAAAUUUGCCAAUGCAAAGCCGGCUAUACGGGUCAAUAUUGUCAAACGGCAUUUUGUUUUCCACAAUGUUUAAAUGGCGGUAAUUGCACAGCACCAUCAGUCUGCACCUGCUCCGACGGAUAUCAGGGUACAUACUGCGAAGGAGGCAUCUGCUCUGAAAAAUGCUUGAAUGGUGGCAAAUGCAUACAAAAGGAUAAAUGCCAAUGUUCAAAAGGUUACUAUGGGCUGCACUGCGAAUUUUCCAAAUGUGUGAUUCCUUGUAAAAAUGGCGGUCGCUGCAUAGGCCCCAAUAUUUGUCGCUGUCCAAGCGGUUUGCUGGGCAACCAUUGCGAAAUAGAGCGCAUACAACGCUCAACCUGUAGGCGUCCUUGCAAGCACGGCGUCUGUACGGCGAAUAAAACAUGUAAAUGCGAUCGUGGCUUUUACGGCCGACAUUGUAAUGCAAGAAUUAAAAAACACCGUAAAAUCCAUAGAUAGGCAUAUCUUAUAUUUUGGACAGAUCUCUCCGCUUUACACUUAACUACUUCGGUUUUAAU